AUGUCGUCAGUGGAGUGCUGCUCAGCCGUCGAUGGAAGAAGUGGUACCAAAGUGGCCAUUAAGAAACUGUACCGCCCGUUUCAGUCUGAACUCUUUGCCAAACGAGCCUACCGAGAGCUGCGCCUCCUGAAACACAUGAAGCACGAAAACGUCAUUGGAAUAUUGGAUGUGUUCACACCAGAUGUAACACUGGAGAAGUUUAAUGACUUCUACCUUGUCAUGCCAUUUAUGGGAACAGACUUGAGUAAGAUAAUGAAGCAUGAGAAACUAACUGAAGACCGGAUCCAGUUCUUGGUAUAUCAGAUGUUGAAAGGCUUAAAGUAUAUUCACUCAUCAGGCAUAAUUCACAGGGAUCUAAAGCCUGGAAACUUGGCAGUGAAUGAAGACUGUGAAUUGAAGAUUCUGGAUUUUGGAUUGGCGAGGCAUACAGACAGUGAGAUGACCGGCUACGUAGUUACAAGGUGGUACAGAGCCCCAGAGGUCAUACUUAACUGGAUGCAUUAUACGCAAACAGUUGACAUCUGGUCUGUGGGCUGUAUAAUGGCUGAGAUGAUCACAGGGAGGCCUCUGUUCAAAGGAAACGAUCAUCUGGACCAACUCACAGAAAUAAUGAAAAUAACAGGUACACCAACUCAAGAUUUUGUUCAAAAACUGCAGAGUCAAGAUGCAAAAAACUAUAUCAAAAGCCUUCCAAAAGUCCAGAAAAAAGAUUUUGCAUCCAUCUUGAAGUAUGCAAAUCCAUUGGCUGUAAACCUUCUGGAGAAGAUGCUGGUGCUGGAUGCAGAGAAGCGAGUCACAGCAGCUGAGGCUUUGAUGCAUCCUUACUUUGAACCAAUUCAUGAUCCCGAGGAAGAAAUUGAAGCUGAGAAAUACGACGACACAUUUGAUAACAUGGAUCUUCCGCUAGAUGAGUGGAAGCGCAUUACAUAUAAAGAGAUACUGAACUUCAAGCCACCACAGACAUUGGAGUCAAAGGAGACAGCGGUGUAA